CAAAUCUACACCACUUCUUCAUCUCUUUUGGUCUGCUUCAAGCCUGCAAGCAAUCGCACCACCUGUCAGCGCUAAUUCUUAGAACUUCCGGUGUCCUACCUUUUCACAUUAGGUGCAAUAAAGUCCGUCCGCAACCUCAACAUGCGCUAAAUCUCAACGAUUCAUUGCCCAUCAUACUCUAAUCCCCUCAUUGUCGCUAUCGUAUCUUUGUCAGUCUCAAACAAUGUCUUCUCUCACGCAAUUGGCACAGCUGCUUGAUGCCAGCCUUGAUCCACGUCAAAACAGAGAAGCCGAGCAGAAGAUUCGAACAGAGGAACAAAAGCCCGGCUUCGCCCUCCUACUACUCCAAAUCACUGCCUCCACCGACUUCCAAUAUAACACACGGCUUGCCAGUGCCCUUUUUUUCAAAAAUUUCAUCAAACGCAAUUGGACCGACGUGGAAGGCAACUACAAACUACCCCAUCAAGAUGUAACAACGGUCAAGACUGAGCUUGUUGGCCUGAUGAUCUCAGUGCCCAAGGGUAUCCAGACGCAAUUGGGAGAAGCAAUCAGUAUCAUCGCAGACAGUGACUUCUGGGAGAGGUGGGACACUUUGGUGGACGAUCUGAUAUCCCGACUGAAGCCUGGAGACCCUGUCGUCAACGCUGGUGUCUUGCAGGUGGCUCACUCUAUUUUCGUCAGAUGGCGACCGCUCUUCCGUUCUGACGACCUGUUCACCGAGAUCAAUCAUGUGCUGUCAAAGUUCGCCCAGCCGUUUCUCUCCUUGUGGCAAAGCCUCGAUUCGUACAUCGACAACCAUAGCACUGACAAAGUCGCACUGCAGAAUGCUUUCACCGAGCUCGAUCUCGUACUCCAACUCUUUUAUGAUCUCUCGUGUCAAGAUCUCUCUCCUGUCUUCGAAGACCAUCUUGAAGGCAUCUCCGGCCUACUUCUCAAGUACCUAGUCUACAACAACAGCCUUCUGCACACAGACGAUGAGGACACAGCAGGCCCGCUCGAGAACACAAAGGCCAACAUUUUUGAGGCUCUGACUUUGUACAUCGGCAAGUACUACGAUGACUUCUCUAAACACGUCACGAGCUUCGUGGAAAGUUCAUGGAAUCUCUUGACCACCACCGGAGCCGAGCCCAAGAAUGACAUCCUUGUCAGUAAAGCUCUGUUGUUCCUGACAUCGAUUGGCGGCAUCAACGAACAGGCUCAAACGUUCAACAACCCCAACAUUCAGACUCAAAUCAUUGAAAAAGUCGUCAUACCCAACGUCGCUUUGAGAGACUCCGAUAUCGAGAUGUUCGAAGACGAACCUAUUGAGUUUAUCCGACGGGAUUUGGAAGGCUCCGACAGCGAAACCCGCAGACGAGCUGCAGGCGACUUUCUCCAACAAUUGAGUGAUCAGUUCGAACAAUCUGUCACUCAAAUCACGAUGACUUAUAUCGAAAAAGCCCUGCAAGACUUCCAAAGCAAUCCUGAGGCCAACUGGAGAUCUAAGGACACAGCAGUGAGUCUCUUCUUCGCACUUGCGUCAAAGGGCGCCAGAACCUCCACCCAUGGUGUCACCAAGACGAACAGUCUCGUAGACAUUGGCGAUUUCUUCUCCAAAUACCUUGCAACAGACUUGCAAGGUGACACUCAACCACUGCUCAAAGUUGACGCCAUCAAGUAUCUGUAUGUUUUUCGCAGCAUCAUCACCAAGGACCAGUGGCAACAAGUCAUGCCAUUGCUAGUCAAUCACCUGGGCAACUCCAAUUACUGUGUUUAUACCUAUGCCGCGGUUGCGGUAGAAAGAGUUUUGGCCAUGGGAGAUGACAGUGGAAAACCCUUGAUUGAUCCGAACAAUAUCACCCCACUGGCAUCAAGCCUCCUGGAGCAUUUGUUUGGCUUGGUCGAGAAAGACCGCGCGCCAGAAAAAGUUCAGGAGAAUGAGUUCAUCAUGAGAUGCAUCAUGCGAGUUUUGAUAGUUGUCAGAGAAGGUAUUGCUUCUGUGGCCCAUUCUGCUCUGCAACAUUUGACCACCAUCACUACCAUCAUCGCCGCAAACCCCAGCAACCCGAGGUUCUACUAUUAUCAUUUUGAAAGUCUCGGCGCUCUGAUUCGCUUCACCGGAGCUGCUCAAUCGGAGGCCCUUGGGUCUGUCCUCUUCGCCCCUUUUCUCGCCAUCCUGUCCAACGGGGUUGAGGAGUUCAUUCCGUAUGUGUUCCAACUCAUGGCAGCUUUACUUGAGAAUGAGCCGGACAAGCCCUUGCCGUCACAAUACGAACCACUGAUCGCUCCAAUCCUUGCUCCAUCGCUGUGGGAGCAGAGAGGCAACGUACCAGCUUUGGUCCGACUUUUGUCAGCCAUCAUUGUGCGCGGAAAGCAACAGCUGAUUACGGCCAACCAGAUUGAACAUGUCCUUGGCAUCUUUCAGAAGCUAGUAGCAACGAAAGUGUUUGAGAGCUACGGAGUCGAUCUACUGGAGACGGUGAUAUCGACAUUUACUCCAUCAGACUUGGAACAAUACUGGGUUCACGUUCUUAACAUCUUGUUGACACGUUUACAAAGCAAACAAACUCAAGCCUUCACCUCCAGAUUUAUCAGAUUCUAUCACUUUGUAUCCUCGCGUACCGAACAAGGUCUAGGGGCCGAUUUCUUCAUCGCAGCUACAGAUCGAGUCCAACAGGAUGUUUUCCGGCAGCUCUAUGUCGGUAUCAUUCUACCAAAGACCCAGGAGCUUGCCCGACCUCUGGACCGCAAGGUCGCGGCCAUAUCGUUGACCAAAACCCUGGCAGACUCGGAGGCAUUCGUGUCUAGAUACCCCAAGGGCUGGCCAUUGACAUGCAAUGCACUACUCAAACUUCUAGAAGAUCCCCCAGUACCACCAAAGUCCGAUGAUCAUAUCGCAGAGCUAGACGUGGAGGAUUCAGGGUUUGGCGUUGGCUUCACACAACUGAACACAGUCCGGCCACCAAACAAGGACCCCUUUGCCGACGUUACCGACCUGCGUGCCUGGGUGGGACAUUAUUUGAAAGCCGCCGACCAAAGACAUGGAGGCAGGAUCGGAAAAACAGUCGAGGAGACGCUGAGUCCUGACGCCAAAAAAGUCUUGAGCUCUUACAUGAUGUUGUAGGCGUACAAUGGAGGAUUUGAAAAGCGCCUCGCAUGCGAAGAUGGCUCUGCUAUCUCGCAGCGAACAUCAUGGACGAGAUAGACCCAGGCUUGAACGGAUUAGGGCAAGGCUAACACGGUAAUGUUCUGGUACGGCAGUUUCGAGGCCUAGGAGUGCAGCUCGCCGCGAAGGCAAGGCCUGAAUAUAGAUUCAUGGCUUCUGCAGAUAGAUGCUCAAACAGACAAUGCAAGCCACUGU